UUUGGAUCUUGUAUCUACUUUCUUCUUUUUUUAUUUCUUUUUUACAGUUGCAAAAAUAUAUGUAACCUAACAUUUGUCAAUUCAGCAUUUUUCAGAUACAUAAUUUAGUGAUAUAAAACUUUCUUUUGUCUUCUGUGACACUCUCCUGGUUUGCCGCGUCGUUAAUUGUUCUGCUCGGCACACAUGGAGUUGCUGUGAGUCGGAGUCGACCAAUGGCAACUAACAACAACAACCAUCAACCUUGUCCUCACAGCUAUUGUUUCCUCACUGAGCUCCCUAUUUAUAUACUCUAGCCCCCCUACAAUCCAUUCCUCUUUUCAGAGCUAGAAUGAUUUUUUUUUUUUAAUGUAAAUCACAUAACAUCUUUCCUUCCUGAAAACCCAAAACUUCCCUUAAAACUCCCUUAAAAAUUGCUUCCCAUUGCACUUAGCCUGCAACGUAUACUUCUUUUCAUUGGUGUAUACCUUUCAGGAUCUGGCCUCUGUCUCUCCAGGCUUGUCUUGCAUCAUUCUUCCUUUCUUCCCACUGCACCAGCCUCACCAAGCUCUCCAGGCAUUUCUUUAGGUCAUCACCAAACUGUCACCUUUCUUAGUGAGGCUUUUCUGAGUACCCUGUCUAAAAUUGUGUGUGGGGUGGGAGAGUGUGUGCGCAAGCACACACACACACAUACGUACACAAUUAUGCUCCUUUUUAGUAUGUAUGUCAUUUUCUAAAAUUUUUUUUUCUUAUGUGUCUUGCUUAUUUAUUUGUCUCUCUUUAUGAGAAUAUAAUCAAUUAGAGCAAGAAUUUUGGUCUCUUUUGUUCACUGAUACAUCUUCAGUGCCCAGAACAGCAUGUAGCCCAAAGAUGAGGCUCAAAUAUUGUUUUAAUAAAGAAAUAAAGGGUUUUUGUUUUGUUUUUAGUUUUCCCUAAAAGCUUUUUCAUUGAUUGUUUCUUCUCCCCCAUCUUUGGUUGGUUUCUGCUGUCAUUCAAAUAUCAGGUUAGUUGCCUCCACACAUAGCCUUCCUAUACUACCCAGCCUCAAGUUGCCACCAGUCUUUUUCAUAUUAUCCUAUUGGGCUUUUUUUUAAACAAUCUGAUAGUUUUCUUAUUCAUCUUUUGGUCUGUCUAUUCAUUGUCUCUUUUCCUCCGCUUACCCCCAGUUGAGGGAGGUUCUGUAGCCUCCAUCAUGCUCUCUCAUCUUUCAUUCUCUUCCUUCUCAUUUUCAUAUCAUCCUGUUGAGCUUUUUUUUUUUUAAACAAUCUACUAUUUUUCUUACUCAUUUUCUGUCCCCAUGGUUUUAAGUAGAAUGCUCAGGGUCAGCCAUUACUUCAUCACUAGGUGGCACUUGUGCAUCAUGAACAGUCAUAUGUACCUGUUAUAGUUUUUGUUACAAGUGCAUGAUCCACAAAUAUAGAUAAUAUUUGCAAUCCCUGCAUGGACAGUUGAGAAUCAGUAUACCUGAGAAUAGGUAAAUGAAACAAGAGGAAUCCUUCUAAGUAUCCGUUAUUUUGAUGUAUUUGUAAAUACACAGUUGAAGAGUAUAUUCAAAUUAUUUCAUAAUCUUUAUUUCAUAGUUAAUAGUAAUGUCAACAGGUAGGCUUGUCUCCAUGCAUAUCUUCUUAGCCUAAUGUUGGCAUAAAGUUGAAUUUUGUUUUGAGGUCUGUUUGAGGUUCACCUUAGUCCAUCUUGAAAGAAAUGAAUACAUACUCCUUACACUAAUUCAUAGCCAACUCUAAGCACUUAUUCUUUUGUAAUACUUAAGAAAACACCUAGUAUUAACCUGUGAGCCCUAUAGAUAUUCACUGAGGAAAAUGUGAUUAUCUCCUUUGGAACUGAUUUUGAGAAAACUGAAGCUUAAAGACAUUUAACUUACCCAGCAUUAAUAUCUAAUAGGUGGGCAGACCCGAUAUUGAAACUCAAGUCUUUUGGGUUCUAAAACAUGGACGGGCAGUUCUUCCCAUUGUCCUAAUGCCAAUACCUAUUCAUGAUAUAGGUUGACAGGUAACUGACUGACAAGUACAAGUGACUGAUGUUGGUUCUUUUUCUCUUAUGACAGGUGUGGAGGGUUAGGGUAGGAGGAUCCAUGGCAUUCAGGGAUAGGUAGGGUAAAAAGGCAAGCACCAAAGGAAAGAUUACGUGCCAGAGAUUUUGGCCUACUUUGCAGUUUUUCCUAGGGCAAGCCCAGUUUCCUUUUAAUCAAGGACAGACAGAAGCUGAAUGUAGAAGUCUUUUGGUCAUUACAUACUGUAGGUUUCAAACCUGUCUUCCCUGAAUGCUUACUGGCUGUGGGAUCUUGGGCAAGUUAUAACUGUGUGCGUCAGGUUCCUCACCUCUAAAAUGGGGAGAGUUAAAUGUGUUAAUACAUGAAAGGCACAUAGAGCAGUUCCUGGUACAUGAUAAGCAUUCAGUAAGUAUUAGCAGUUUGGAUGGCUUUAUGGAUUGAGCAAUGUGGGAAAUGUCCAUAGUGCUGUGUGUGAUUUCUGAAGUGGAAUAUGAGCUGUAGCAGAGGGACCAUACUUCCCAGUUUGUGACUACUGUCCUGACAUAGUUUCUACUAGCAUCCCUACUUAACUCUCCAGAGUGUCCUGAUUUAGAUAAUAAAUUAUUUGAUCACUCUAGCUGUUGCCAACUUUGUUAUAGAAGAGUUUUAUGCCAGGGAUUUAUUCAUGUAAGUUUAUCUAAACAACACUCAUCCAAGGGAAGACAUAACUGCCACCUUCUGAUAUAUGAAGAAUUUUAUAUGUGUUGUGAAUUAGGAACACUAACCUUCUGGUGUUAGACUGCCUGGCAUCAAACCUCACUCCACCAUUUAACUAGCUAUCUGGCCUUGGGCAAGUUAGUUUACUUCUUUAAACCUAGGUACUUCAUCCAUAAGAUGAGGAUAAUUUUAUACCUGCCUCCUAAGGCUGUGUAAAUGAGGUAAUGUAUGUAAAGCAUUUAGUUCAGUGUUUGCUGCAUAGAAAGUACAUAAUAAAUGAGAGGUAAAAGGAUCCCUGGUGGCGCUGCAGUUAAGCACUGGGCUGCAAACUGAAAGGUUGGGUUUGAACCCAUACAGCGGCUCCAUGAGUGAAAGACCUGGUGAUCUGCUUCCAUAAAGAUUACAGCCUAAGAAACCCUAUGUGGCAGUUCUACUCUGUCCUAUAGGGUCGUUAUGAGUCGUAAUCGACUCAGCGGCACACAGCAACAACAACAUUUACCCGUCAGUUAGCUUCAACAAUAGUAUAAUACAUGGCCAAUUUUUUAAAUAACUUUAUUGAGAUAUAUUUUAUGUAUCAUAAAAUUCAUUCAUUUGAAGUAUACAGUUCAGUGAAUUUUAGCAGAUUUUCCGAGUUGGGUAGCCAUUACCAUAAACAAGUUCUUGAAUAUUUCUCUAUGGCAACUGGUUUUUCAACUGGUUUGUUGGGAUUUUUACUACCCUCAGCCCCAGGCAACGACUGAUAUACUUUUUGUCUCUAUAGACAAAACUUUUGUCUCAAAAUUUACCUUUUCUGUACAUUUUAUACAAAUGAAAUCAUGCAAUAUGUGUGGUUUCUUGUGUCUGACUUCUUUCACUUAGCAUAAUAUUUUUGAGGUUCAUCCGUGUUGUAGCAUGUACUCGUAGUUUGCAUCUUCUUUUUUUGACCAAAUAAGAUUCCAUUGUAAAAAUAUAUUGCAUUUUAUCUGUCCUUCACUAUAGCCAAUGUUUUUUCAUCUGCAUUUUCAUGCUUUCCUCUCCAACCUUUAUCCCUACUGAAUUAUUCAAAAGCCAUUUUUAAUUUCUUAGAUGUGAUAGUGUGAAACAUUUAUUGUAUUUUCCUGCUUUUUAUUUUUAUUUUUCUAAAGCAUCUUCUCUCUUCUCAUUCAUCUUGCCUGUUUCCUUUUCUGCAUUUAACAAAUUGCUUUACUGUGUUUUUUCCUUGAUGAGUCUUUUUUCUUUGCUGUUUACAGUUUUGGUUGAGAAUGAGGAGGUGUCUAGACCAUAAACUUUUCGAGGAUAGGGACUACACACACUCCUCGCUUAUCAGCAUGAUUAGGUUCUAAAGACCAAGUCAUCAUGCGAAAAUUGGGAUUAUACGAAAAUGGAGGAUGGCUACAUCAUUACAUGACUGCCAAACUGCAUCAUUAUAUAACUGGCAAACCACUGAGAAUCGUGGCCCAGCCAAGCUGACCCAUAGCCUUUACCAUGACAGCCAGCAUUACUCUCCUCGCAUCUCAAUUCUCUUUAUUACCAGAUAUACAUCAUUAAUGCGCAGAAUAGUCAGAUAGUAGAUUUUUUUGUCAUUAAUGCAAAAAGUCAGAUAACAAGAUAGUCGGUAAGUGAGGGGUAGGCGUAGUGUGCAUUUUGUCAUCUUCUAUGUUGAAAAUUUGUACAUUCUCAGUGACAAAUCCAGAUAUUGAUGAUUUCUUAAAUUUUCUUUGGUAAGUCCUUCAGACUGGCCUCAGUAUUAUAUCUUGGGCUGAUCUAUUUGUUUCUGAUUCUCAUGAUUUUUUUUAACUCAGGUUGUUGGAAGAGGAGCCUUUGGAGUAGUCUGCAAAGCUAAAUGGAGAGCAAAAGAUGUUGCUAUUAAACAAAUUGAAAGUGAGUCUGAGAGGAAAGCGUUUAUUGUAGAGCUUCGUCAGCUAUCCCGUGUGAACCAUCCUAAUAUUGUAAAGCUAUAUGGAGCCUGCUUGAAUCCAUCUUUUACAGCACAGUGUAUUGGAGGAGUUGUCUUAGGUGGUCUUAUCCGGUGAUCUCAUCUUCUUAUGAGGCUUUUGUUAUCCUGUGACAGCACCUACUCUGCACUGGAGAAAUUCCCCCGAAAGAGCUUGUGAUUGUGUUUUUUUUAACAUUUGUAUCUAUUCUUAGACAGGCGACUCUUAGAAGAAAAGGUCUUAGAUCAUAGGUGUGUCUUGUGAUGGAAUAUGCUGAAGGGGGCUCCUUAUAUAAUGUGCUGCAUGGUGCUGAACCAUUGCCAUAUUACACUGCUGCCCAUGCAAUGAGUUGGUGUUUACAGUGUUCCCAAGGAGUGGCUUAUCUUCAUAGCAUGCAACCCAAAGCUCUAAUUCACAGGGACCUGAAACCACCAAACUUAUUGCUGGUUGCAGGGGGGACAGUUCUAAAAAUCUGCGAUUUUGGUACAGCCUGUGACAUUCAGACACAUAUGACCAAUAACAAGGGGAGUGCUGCAUGGAUGGCGCCUGAAGUUUUUGAAGGUAGCAAUUACAGUGAAAAAUGUGACGUCUUCAGUUGGGGUAUUAUCCUUUGGGAAGUAAUAACACGGCGGAAACCUUUUGAUGAAAUUGGUGGCCCCGCUUUCCGUAUCAUGUGGGCUGUUCACAAUGGUACUAGACCACCACUGAUCAAAAAUUUACCUAAGCCCAUUGAGAGCCUGAUGACUCGCUGUUGGUCUAAAGAUCCUUCUCAGCGCCCUUCUAUGGAGGAAAUUGUGAAAAUAAUGACUCACUUGAUGCGGUACUUUCCAGGAGCAGAUGAGCCUUUACAAUAUCCUUGUCAGUAUUCAGAUGAAGGACAGAGCAAUUCUGCCACCAGUACAGGUUCAUUCAUGGACAUCACUUCUACAAAUACCAGUAAUAAAAGUGACACUAAUAUGGAGCAAGUUCCGGCCACAAAUGAUACUAUUAAACGCUUAGAAUCAAAAUUGUUGAAAAAUCAGGCAAAGCAACAGAGUGAAUCUGGACGUUUAAGUUUGGGAGCUUCCCGUGGGAGCAGUGUGGAGAGCCUGCCCCCAACCUCCGAGGGCAAGAGGAUGAGUGCUGACAUGUCUGAAAUAGAAGCAAGGAUAGCUGCAGCCACAGCCUAUUCCAAGCCUAAACGGGGCCACCGUAAAACUGCUUCAUUUGGCAACAUUCUGGAUGUCCCUGAGAUCGUCAUAUCAGGCAACGGACAGCCAAGGCGUAGAUCCAUCCAAGAUUUGACUGUUACUGGAACAGAACCUGGUCAGGUGAGCAGUAGGUCAUCUAGUCCUAGCGUCAGAAUGAUCACUACCUCAGGACCAACCUCAGAAAAGCCAGCUCGAAGUCAUCCAUGGACGCCUGAUGAUUCCACAGAUACUAAUGGGUCAGAUAACUCCAUACCAAUGGCUUAUCUUACACUGGAUCACCAACUACAGCCUUUAGCACCAUGCCCAAACUCCAAAGAAUCUAUGGCAGUGUUUGAACAGCAUUGUAAAAUGGCACAAGAAUAUAUGAAAGUUCAAACAGAAAUUGCAUUGUUGUUACAGAGAAAGCAAGAACUAGUUGCAGAACUGGACCAGGAUGAAAAGGACCAGCAAAAUACAUCUCGUCUGGUACAGGAACAUAAAAAGCUUUUAGAUGAAAACAAAAGCCUUUCUACUUACUACCAGCAAUGCAAAAAACAACUAGAAGUCAUCAGAAGUCAGCAGCAAAAACGACAAGGCACUUCAUGAUUCUCUGGGACCCUUAAAUUUUAAAAUAUGCAAAGAAAGACUGUUGGUUUUUUUGGUUUUUGUUUUUGUUUUUUAAGGAAAGAAAAGCCCUUAUAAUGACAGUUCAUGAGUGUUCGCUUUUUUGGUGUCUUCUGAAUGCCAGCCGCCUCUAUUUGCUGCAUUUGUUUCAUCGUUUAUUUUCCUAUUCUCAUGGUGGACAUGCAACUCAAAUGUCUCAUUGCAUAACAUGGGGGCAUCUGUGACUUGAAUAAGCAGCAGUUCUUAAUGUCAAAACGCAUGCAGUGAACUGUGGCUGUAUAUGCAUGCUCAUUGUGUGAAGGCUAGGCUAACAACAACAGGGGAUGUCAAACUAGCUGCUCCGUGCAAACAUUGUCUCCCCUCCCCCAUAUUAGAAGUGAAACCUCAAGAAUAAUUUUGUUCUUGUAUCUCAUCUCAAAAUAUUAAUAAUUUUUUUCCCCAAAUAUGGUAUAUACCAACUUAAAGACAGGGUAUUGUAAUUCUAGAAUAAUUGGUGGUACAUCACAGAAAUGUAGAACCUUUAGGGAUAGUCAAAGUGAGGGUCUUGAUGCCAGCAUCCUUGGAUCAGUACUGAACUUAGUUCCAUCCAUAAAAUCUUUAAAGGUAAGUGGUUGCUGCUGUAUUUAAUGAAAGCAAUUUUAUCUGAUUUCAUUAGACUAAAAUCGAACUGUGAUACAUUGAACAAAAUGGAAGUCUCUUUUUUAAGGGGUAAAGAUUUCUGAUUCUGUGAUUGUGUGGAUGUGUGUUGAAACUGUAAAGCUUUUAUGACUAAUAUUAAUCUCUUAAAUGAAAUUAAAAGGCAAAUGAACAUGAUCCAGCUUAAAUAAUCAUUCCUUCCUGCGAUGAUUAUUGGAUUCUUUUACUGUGUAUUUGAAAAACUAAAGAGAAAUAGGGGAAAAUGGAAAUACUUGCUCCAGUUAAAAGGCUUGGGCUUCAUUUCUUCUCAAGAUACCAAGGUUAUCAGGAAAAGCUAGUAAGGCAGUCAAAGAAGUAAAUGUAAAUUAAUCAAGUAUCCUACUUAUCCUGGAUAUUUGGAUAAUUUAUUUUCCUUAUAAGCUCUCCAAGAGUGCCUGCUGCCUUUCAACACUUAAGAGAAUAUUUCAGCACUUACAAAGAGAAAAUUUAUAUUGUUAACAGUAACUUUGCUACCAACUUAAAAAUAACUUUAAAGUAAUAAUAAAACUUCAUUGAAAUAAUACACUAUAGAAGCUCUAUUUUUUCAGUUGGCAUUAAAAUCAAUCACAUUUUGAUACCAAUACAAGGUGUCUUUUAAAUGUCAUUGACCUCAUUUUUAUAGCAUUAAUGUUUUAUGAAGAGAAAACAAAAAGUGAAAGCGUAAUUGCUGUGAUUAGUAGAAUUAUGAUUGUGUUGUAGUUUUGCUCUAUUUCAGAUAAGCAAGUUGGUCUAAGAAGUUAUCAAAACUGUUCUUAAAAAUGCUAAAGCAGGUAACCUUUUUUUCCAUUAUGUUUCCCCCUCCCAGUGAGUUUUAUAAUGUAUUCUUUAUGUAUACAAGCAAUAAAGGUAAAGGACAGUUUGUACUAAACUGUGUCAUUUUUAGCUUCUUCAAAAUCUAUUAUUAGAAAGCUUCUGGGAACUAACUGUCUUUUAUCACUUCAUUUAAAUAAAAAUAAGUUUAUAAUUCCCAAAUAAUUUGAUUACCUAGCUGAAACUGAUAUUGGGCUCAACAUAUUCAUAGUAAAAUAAAAUUUGCAGAAAAUAACUGGAGACUAAGGGAAAGCGUAACUCAUCCAGAGCACUGCUGCUUGCGUGUACAUGUGUCACUCCACCAGAAGGGACCUAGUCAGUUUCAGAGGCUUUUCUACUGUCUCAGAGCAUGAGGUGUCCAAGCGAGGAUUGCUAAGGCUUGAUUUUUCCAUUAGAAUUUAGCAUUAGAGAUUUCAGAUUUUAUCUCUAGUCAUGAAUGUGUUUUUGCUCUAUCAUAACACACUUCAAAGGAAGAUUUAUUUUUUGUUAUUUUUACAUGCAGUCACUUCAUAAAAAUAUCUGAAGAAGUAAAUGGAAGAACAUAGUAGCUUUAUGUAAUGGUACCAAAUGCAAAAGGCUGUUGAACAGUUGCUUGCUUGUUUACAGUAAGUUCCUUGGGAUUUUCAGUACUGUAGUUGUCCUGGACGUUAAGUGCAAUUGAGCCUUACUCUAUUUUUAAGUAGUUGUAUUGCCAAUCUCAAACUUUUUAAAUCCUGAGAAAAGGAUACUGGGGAUAAUUGAAAUCCACAGCCAGUUUCACCAGUGUCCUUGCCUGUCAAACCUUCAAAGAGAGAUGUCACCAAGGAGUCAACAUUUUUUUUUUUUUUUAAAUUAAUUUUGGCUGUACCAUUUAUUCUAAACCUAUUUUGGGAUAGAAAUAGCAAACAAGCAAACCAGGUGGCGCAAGGCCCUAGCCUGAGAAAUUCACAAACAAUCCCUGAACAAGCCCUAAUUACGUUUUAUUCUUACCUCCAGGGAAAGAAAGCAAAGCUUUUACCUAAUCUAAGGGGCAAAUACUCCACAACAGUAAAAGUAGCUUUAUUGAGUCAACUAAAAAUCAGUUAAGAAUAUUUACUAUAUACCAAUACAGCAUAUUGAAGAGGUUUGUUUAAAAGUUGUUUACAAAUGUUCAACUGUUUUUGCUGAAGUGUUUUAGAGUACUGAAUGUCUUUUUCUCCAAGUUUCUUUCAUGUUCCUAGUUUCAGCUCUUCCUGCUUGUAGCCACAGAUCACAGGCCUUUCCUCCUCACCUGCAUGUUCGUCUCUUUCUGUUAUGUGUAUGUGGAUUUCGGCCACCGGCCCCUCUCUUUGCUUCAAAUGGUAGUAAGUCCUACUUAUGUCAUUCAGAACAUUUUAUGUAAGAUGAUGUAAUGCAGAAAUUCUUAUGCAUAAUGUGUACUUGAAGGAACCUUUUUUAGAUUUAUUUUUGUUUUUAAUAAAAUUCAGAUUGUAAUUCAAAAUUUGUACGUAAAAAUGGUAAAUGAUUUAUGUCAGCAAAGAAGCUGUGAGGCAUUCUCCUUAAGCAGUAUGUUUACCUUACGCAGAAUCUAAUAAAAAGUCAAAUGUAUUCUUAUAAUACUCAGCAUAAUUAUGCUUUUUGAGAGGCUGGGUGAGUGGCCAGUUAACAGACUAUCUCCUCCCAAUUCAAAUUUUUUGGUUAAAUGGGUUCUCUUCAUAAUUUUGUAUAAAUCCUGACAUGUAUGAAUUACAAUAUGGUAUACAUUGCUAAGUGAUUCUUCUCAUUAGAAAACUGGUAUUUCUCUACCAGCAAAUGCUUAUAGCAUUUCUAAGUUGUAUUAAGUAUUUUAUUCCUUUGUCAACUUACUACUCUCUCAGCCUACACAUAUACACACAUUCUGCCUUCACCAACUCUACCUUGAAGUAAUCCCAUCCACUCAUUCACUCAUUACUUUAACAGAUAUUUGCUGGGCACCUACAAUAAGCCAUUCUGCUGUGGCUGAUGCCAAGUUAUGUGUCCAUUUCAGUCCCACAGUAGUUAGAUGGUAUUCCCAUUUUACAGCUGGGAAAAUAGAUUGAGAGAUGUGUGCCUGAGUCUGCUUUUCCAUCAUUAUCUGUUUUAGGUAGAAUCUCAUGCAUCAGGACUUUGGCUACUAUCAGCACAUGACAUGAAGAUGAGUAGGAAAAGUUUUAAAUUGAAUGGCAGACAAAGGAAGGGGAACAUGAGGUAACUUCUAACUAGCAGGCACAGGGGCUUUGUGACCACUCCAGAGAUGGUGACAAAGCCAGGAUUGAAACCCACAUGUGUGUCUUUUAUACCCGAGUCUAUGCUCUAAACAACUUUGCCAUACUGCGUUUUAAAAUGCUGAGGUGCUUCCACUUUCUCAUCCCUUUAUUUGAGGAGGAGUAUUUCAUUCUUCCAUCCCCCUCCCCCUCAGCUGAAAGAUGUGUGCCAGAAAUGAAAAUACAAAUAAUGGUAUUGUGAGGCUUGGUCUGGAAGACUUGUUCUCCACUCUACAGGAAAGUGAGGCUUAGCUUUGGGUUUUUGUUUAGAGAGGGGGCUUGGUUGGUUUGGGGGUUUUUUGGGUUUGUUUUGUUUGCAUUUUUAUCUUAUCCUUUGUAUUUUUUUCUUUUUCAUUAAAGUGAACUUCACAUAACCUAAAAUCAACCAUCUUAAAGUGAACAAUUCGUUAGCAUUUACUACAUUCACAGUGUUACACAAUCACCACCUCUAUUUAGUUCAAAAACAUUUGUCAUCACCCCAAAAGGAAACCCCAUACGCAUUAAGCAGUUUCUUGACAUCUCCCCUCCCCGCCAGCCUCUGGCAACCACUAAUCUGCCUUCUGUCUGUAUGGAUUUAUCUGUUUCUGAAUAUUCCAUAUAUGCAGUCAUACAGUAAGUGACCUUUUGUGUCUGACUUCUCAUUUAGCAUAAUGUUAUCAAGAUUCAUCCAUGUUGCAACAUGUAUCAAAGCUUCAUUCCUUUUUGUGGCUGAAUAAU